ACUUAAUAUGGGAUGCAAGUAUAGCUCAUAUUCACCUUUCUGCAACCUUCCCUCAGACCAUAUACCCGACAAUCCAUCAAAGCCCAUAAAGAGAAAGAGAUCAUCAUCAUGGUUUCGUCUCGGAAUCCAAGUUCCAUAGCAUCAGAAAGAGAAGUUGCUGAUAAUCUUCAACCGACUGGAAAUGAUCAAAAGCAGGAGCUUGAUGCUGGAGCCCUCUUUGUCCUCAAAUCUAAAGGAUCGUGGAUGCAUUGUGGAUAUCACUUGACAACUUCCAUAGUUGCACCUCCACUUCUGAGUCUGCCAUUUGCCUUUGCUUCACUUGGAUGGGCCGCCGGAGUGAUUAGUCUUGUCAUCGGAGCUGCUGUCACAUUCUACUCCUACAAUUUGAUAUCUCUAGUGCUCGAACACCAUGCUCAACUGGGUCACCGGCAACUCAGAUUCCGGGACAUGGCUACUGAUAUUUUAGGACCAAAAUGGGGAAAAUUUUAUGUAGGUCCAGUCCAGUUCUUGGUGUGCUAUGGUGCAGUUGUAGCCUCUACUCUUCUGGGAGGGCAGUGCUUGAAGGCAAUCUACGUGUUGGUAAAUCCAAAUGGAGAUAUGAAGCUCUAUGAAUUUGUGAUCAUAUUUGGAGGGCUAAUGCUGAUUUUAGCUCAGAUGCCAUCUUUUCAUUCGCUUAGGCAUAUCAAUCUGGUCUCUUUAGUACUCUGUCUGGCCUACAGCGCCUGUGCCACUGCAGGCUCUAUUUACCUUGGAAAUUCAUCUAAGGGACCAAACAAGAACUACUCCUUGAGUGGUGGUACUGAAACUAAAGUUUUUGGCAUCUUCAAUUCGCUGGCCAUUAUUGCCACCACUUAUGGAAAUGGGAUCAUUCCAGAAAUUCAGGCGACAUUAGCACCUCCAGUAAAAGGCAAGAUGUUCAAGGGACUCUCUGUUUGUUACAGCGUAGUCACACUGACCUUCUUUACCGUAGGCAUUUCUGGCUAUUGGGCCUUUGGCAAUGAAGCUGAAAGUCUAAUCCUAAGCAACUUCUCAGAUAAUGGAAAAGCUUUGCUGCCCAAGUGGUUCAUUUUUAUGACCAAUACUUUCACCAUUCUCCAACUAUCAGCUGUUGCUGUGGUGUACUUGCAGCCUACAAAUGAAGUUCUUGAAAGUACGUUUGCAGACCCUAAGAGCAGUGAAUUCUCUGUUCGAAAUAUUGUUCCAAGGGUAAUAUUGCGGUCCAUAUCAGUUGUUAUAUCAACUACAAUUGCAGCUAUGCUUCCAUUUUUUGGAGACGUUAAUGCUUUGCUUGGAGCUUUUGGUUUCAUGCCACUCGAUUUUGUCCUUCCUGUUGUCUUCUUCAACUUGACAUUCAAGCCAUCAAAGAGAAGCCCCAUUUUUUGGUUAAAUGUCACUAUAGCCGUGGUUUUCGGUACUUUGGGGGUCAUAGGAGCAGUGGCUGCAGUGAGACAAAUUAGUCUUGAUGCUAAAAAUUACAGGUUAUUUGCCAAUGUAUGAUUAGAUAACCAUGGCUAGAAGCAAAUUAUACAGCGAUCUUAUUUUGAUGUACCAAAAGCUUUCACCUGUCACUGUCAAAUAUCUAUUAGCUAUAGCACAUUUUUUAUCAUUUUUUCGACAAAUAAAGUACAAUUGCUUGUAUCCGAUGAGAUAUUCAGGCAAAACGGACCUAUUUGAUUAGUGAAUUCAUGGUUGCCACCAUGGCUAG